UUUUGGGGAGGGAACGCAUUUACUUGUCGACCUAUCUACCUAGCUAAUUCAUUACCUUCUAGGCUUGCAUGUGUUGUGGGUGGUUUUGAUUGUGUGGUCGUGGUCAACACAACUCGAAGACUAGAUGUAUUGAGAAUGGUCGGAGAGUCGUCCUAACUGUACCAUGGAGACGUGGGCGAUAGUCCUGAUCGUGGUGGUGUGUGCCAUCGUGGGACAGGUGCUGCUCGGCUUAGCUGUGUGGUGCUGUGUAACCCACUGCCGCAAGAAGAGGGCGGUCACCUUUAAGAAGAAACUUCUGAAAGAUGACGAGGAAGACAAACAUUUUGAGGAGUACCAAGAAUGGGAGUCAGCGACUCCGCGAAAGCUGUCUUCAACAUCCUUACAGCAGCGGCCUCCACCAGAGAAGCCGCCGAUCAUUGUCUCGGACCCUGUGCACGUCCAACCCCCGACGAAAAACUACGCCAGCCCACCAGCUGUCAUCCCCACUAAACAAGGUCCCGUGGAACUCGAGAAAUACCUCCUCGGCAUGGACGACCUGGACUCCGGCAGCGAGGGGGGAGAUGCCGUCUCCGAGACGACUCAAGACUCCAUGGCGUUCUCAGGAAACUUGGGCUUCAAGCUGGUGUACAGAAAAGUGAAAGAGGAGCUGGUGGUGACAAUACAGAAAGCCACCGGCCUCCCGACAAGAUGCAAGAACCCGUACGUGUCAGUGGUUCUACUGCCCGACAUGAAAACCCGCUACCUCACCAAAGUGCAGAAGCACGCGACCGACCCGGAGUUCAACGAAAUCUUCAUCUUCCCCAUCAAGGAGGCCGAGCUGCAGUCUAGGACUCUGCGUUUUGACAUUAUGAACAUGGGAGGAAAGUUCUCGAAAAACAAACUCAUGGGGACAGUGCUGUAUCCUUUCGAGGGAAGGGAUAUUUCUUCAUUCGCCGACGAUAGCGAUGGAGGAGUAUCAGAGGACCUGUCGGCAAAACACCUUCCAACUGACGCCCUGGAGAAUAAGGGUGACAUUCAGCUGAGCUUCAGUUUCCUGGAGAAGACCGACGUUCUGUCCGUCACUGUCCUGGAAGCCAAGAACGUCGCCGUUCCGGGAAUUGACGCCAUCCUGUCCAGGAAGGACAUUCAACUUUAUGUUCGAGUUGCACUAUUUGUGGAGAACGAAGUGAUCAAGACCAAACGAUCCGUGGUCAAGUCUGGGUCAACCAGCCCCGUCUACAAGCAAAUCUUCAACUUCGAUGUCGCCAAGUAUGGGAUAGAUGCUGUGGGACUGAAGGUGUCGGUUUGUCAGAAGAAGAGCGGUGAGAGGGACACGCUGGGGAAGGUGUUCCUUGGUCCGGGCACACGUCACAGCCUGUCUGCCAUGAUCGGCACUGGGGAUGCUCGCUGGUACGCCCUGGUGUGAGACAAGAUAACGUGAUCUCCAAGCAACAGCUUUGUCUCCAAACAUCUGCUUGGAGAUUACAAAUACUGUGCAGACAUAUAUUUAUGGUGUGUUAUUAGAUGUGGUGGCUUUUAUCCUUAGAAAUGCAUGUAUAGCUGAAGUGAAGAAUAGGAGAAAGGGUGCUAGAUAACCGCUGUGAAUCAUUAUCUCAUGAUUUCAUGUAACAUCAAGAAAUAUAUUUGGCGCCAUUUCAAUUCAUACUCUGUUCUAAAGGUUUGUUGUUAAGAAAACAAGCUUGAAAAAUGUUUGACAACUAAAAAACUAAUGUGAAUGUAAUAAAUUAUUAACUACAUAAUGAUAAAUCAUGACUGUUAAACAAUAAAGUAUUUUACAACUCUGCACAUUAAAAUUAGGUAUGAAAAGACUACAAUGGAUAACUGACUAAAUAUGUUUUCAUUAUACAUGUAAUAGAAUGAAGAAAUGACAUCAUACACUGCAGUUGCGCAGAGUACAUAGAGUUGUUUAGGUGGUCAGUUCAAUUUUCUCAUAUCUAAUCUAGCACUUCUGAAUACAUUUGAUGCUAUGCAUCAAAUCUUAGUGCAACUUAGAAAAUGAUUUUAACAGGCACUGGGCAUGUAGGAACAUCUGUAUUUGAUUGAACAUACUUUUAUUAACAUUGUUUUAAAAACAUUGUCUAACAAUGGUGACAAUAAAAGGCACAGAUAUGUAAAAUUC